GAGCACGAGACGUUUCCACUUCUUUCUCUCCACAUUUGAGUCGUAAAAAUCGCGUGUUCGGGUUUUCAUUGUGCGUCUUGGCGCACCAGAACCUGGAUAAGGACCGAUCUUUACGCACGGAGGAUGAAGGCGAGCUUCGGCGCGCUGGUGGUCUCCGCCGGCAUCUGCGGGCUUCUGAGCUUCGCCUUCCUGGCGACGUCUCUCGGAACCGACUACUGGUACAUCAUAGAGACGAACCCCGUGAACGCGACGGACUUUGAGGACCUGACCUCACACUCGGGGCUGUGGCGCAUCAACGAAGGUGGACAGAUCCAGGCAGAUUCGGUUGACUCGUUCAGGGCGGACUUCUCCAGAUUCUCUGAGACGGAGCUGCGUUUGCUGAAUAUGCACAGCGCCAUCGUGGUCGUGCUCCCCCUCAGCCUGGUUCUGCUGCUGUUCGGAGGCAUCUGUGGAUUGAUCAGCUCGUUGGCCCGGAGCCCGGUGCUCCUCACCGGCACAGCCUGCUACUUCUUCAUCUGCAGUCUGUUGACGCUGACCGGCGCCAGCCUCUACAUCGUGUACUCGUUCCAGGCGCUGGCAGAGACGGAGCGGCUGGUGGGGCCGGAGGGCCUCAGCUACAUCCACACGUCCUUCGGCUGGUCUCUGGGGCUGGCCUGGCUGUCCUACGGCCUGGAGCUCCUCGCCGGCGUUCUGCUGCUGGCUGCUGCUCAGACGACCAAACUGCAGCAGAGCGGCGCCGUUUUGACUUAAAAAAAAACGUUUUCCUCCAAGUGAAGGACUCUGAAGGACUUGUUUUCUUAAGGUUUUUAUUACACUUCCUGCUCCAUGUGUGUCUCAGUUUUAU